AUGGCCAAGUACGUAUCUUUCGUCUACUCUCCAGAUCCCUCUGACCUGUACAGGACACAACUGCGUUACUUGAGGCCUCUGGGUCGGAGGAAAUAUCACGACAAGUCCUAUGGAUACCGUGAAGCUCGCAAGCUCACGCUUCCAGAUUACAGCGUGGCACAGCUGCAGAACCGAACAGCGAACGCGCCUCUUCUCCGCUACGUCGACUCUCUCCGCACCCAUGGGCACCGCGCAGCCCGCAUUGAUCCCCUCGACCUCCUUCAGCGGGAAGAAAUUGCAGCCCUGAACCCUCACCGGUAUGGCCUUCUUGACGACGCGCAGAAGUAUGACAUCAACGGGAUUAUCUGGACGAGUCCGGUCGAUGCCGAAAUUGACCCUGCAGAGAGCCACUGGACUCUCGGAGAGAUCACUCAACACCUACGCGCGAUAUAUGUCGGGCGCAUCGCGUACGAGUACAUGCACUCCCCGUCGAAAACAGAGCGGCUAUGGUUCUCCCAUUUGCUUGAGUCUCAGGCCCGUGGGGGCGGUGUGAUGGAGAGAAGCCGGAAGACACGCAUACACAAACUGUUGGCGCAUAGUGAGACGUUCGACCAGUUCCUUCAGCUGAAGUUCCCCAACCUUAAGCGGUAUGGUCUGGAAGGAGGCGAGUCCAUGCUCCCUGCACUCGAUGCAUUGUUUGCGAGUGCAGCCAGAGCUGGUGUGGAGAAUAUUAUCCUCGGUAUGCCACAUCGUGGCCGGCUAAAUUUGCUCACUGGACUUCUGGACUUCCCUGCCUCUGUGCUCUUCCACAAAAUCAGAGGUGGAUUUGAGAUACCCGAGGAGCUUGGUGCUUCCGGGGAUGUCAUCAGUCACCUCGUUGCUUCACCAAAGCUUCAGUACGAUGGGGCGCAGAAUCCGCUGAAGGUUUCCCUUCUACCCAACCCUUCUCAUUUAGAGGCGGUGAACCCGGUUGCACUCGGAAAGACGCGUGCGAAGCAAUUUGCAUUGCUCAAGAAUCUCCUUCGUGAUGGCGUUUCUCCGGAUGCUUGUUUUCCUGGAGACAAAGUUCUAUGUGUUCAACUGCACGGCGAUGGGAGCUUCACUGGUCAAGGAAUUGUCAUGGAGGGUCUCGGCUUGAGUAAUCUUCCGCAUUACACGGUCGGGGGUACAGUGCAUAUAGUGGUCAACAACAGCAUUGGAUACACGACACCUGCGUCGAGUGCUCAUUCUGGAUUGUACUCGUCCGAUAUUGGCAAGAUGAUCAAUGCUCCGGUCCUGCAUGUGAAUGGCGACUACCCUGAAGAUGUUGCGAGAGCUGUGGAAACGGCGUUCAAGUAUCGUAACCACUUCCGGAAGGAUAUCAUUGUGGAUUUAUUAGUCUAUAGGCGUUGGGGUCACAACGAACUGGACGAGCCCUCUUUCACGCAGCCGCUUAUGUAUGAGCAGAUUCGGUCGCGUCGGUCUGUACCUUCUCUAUAUGAAGAUCAUCUGAUUUCGCAGGAAGUCAUUACAGAGGAAGAAGCUGCGGCAGUCCGUUCCUCGUAUAAAUUGACUUUGAACAGCGAGCUUGCAGCUGCCAAUUCCUACAUACCCACAAUUGACAACACCCCCAUGCUCUGUGAUCAAUGGCAUGGGCUAGUCUGGCCCGCAAGCACCGAGGCGCAACAUAACCCUACCACUGGGGUUGCGGGCGAUACACUCUUACGCGUCGGACGUGCUAGCGUCGCAGUUCCGACUGGCUUCCAAGUUCAUCCGCGUUUGCAACGACACAUUAACCAUAGACUCCGUGUCCUUGAUAAGGGAGAGGGAAUUGAUUGGGCUACCGCAGAAGCAAUGGCGUUCGGAACGCUCAUGUUAGAGGGCUGUGACGUUCGGAUAUCGGGACAGGACGUUGGGCGGGGAACUUUCAGCCAGCGUCACGCUAUGCUCGUGGACCAAGCGUCCGAAGAUGUUAUCGUUCCCUUAAACUCUGUUCUCGAUUCGUCGGGCAAACUUGAACUUGCCAAUAGUUCCCUGAGCGAAUUAGCGGUUCUCGGCUUUGAGUAUGGCGUGAGCUGGGAGAAACCCGAUAUUUUGCCAAUUUGGGAAGCUCAAUUUGGAGACUUCUUCAACGGCGCGCAGACCAUCAUUGAUACCUUCAUAUCUUCCGCGGAGACGAAAUGGCUGAAACAGAGCGGGAUUGUACUUCUUCUGCCGCACGGGUUAGAUGGUGCUGGUCCUGAACACUCGUCUUCAAGAUUUGAACGCAUGCUUCAGCUUACGAACGACCCGUUCAACUUUGACGAGGAAGCAGUCUCAUCAAACGUCAACAUGCACGUAGUUUUUCCAACGACACCUGCACAAUAUUUCCAUCUGUUGCGCCGGCAGAUUCUGAGAAACUUCCGCAAGCCUCUUAUCGUCGCGUCGCCGAAAGGCUUGCUGAGACUUCCUGCUGCGUCCUCUUCCCUUGCCGAUAUGGAUCCCAAUACCUCGUUCCAACCCGUGCUAGACGACACCACCGUCAAUGCUGCCAGUAUUCGUAGAGUCGUUCUCAUGACCGGAAAGCUCUACUACGAUCUUUUUAAGGAACGCCAAGCGCGACAACUAGACUCGGUCGCAUUCAUACGUGUCGAAGAACUCUGCCCGUUCCCGUUUGCCACAUUGCUGCAAGUGCUGCGACGCUACACUAACGUUGAAGAUAUCGUGUGGCUGCAAGAAGAGCCGCAGAACCAAGGAGCCUGGGUGCAUGUCGAGAACAGGAUUAAUUCUGUCCUCAGACACAUACCAUACGGACGACCAGUUACGUACCGCGGGAGGAAGCAAGACUCGGUCCCUGCGCCCGGGAUCGCACGGAUUUAUGGUACCCAACAGAAGGCAGUCAUCGCAGCGGCGUUCGACAGUCUGUAG